AUGCAAUCAAAUAAAAUAAAUCCUACUGAACUUUCCAAAUUAAUACAUAUCUCAAGGCAAAAAGGUUGCGUUGAUACUCUCGUACACUUGGAAACAAAAACAAACCUAAUAAAUCUGAUUAACGAUUUUAACGAUGACGGAAUUACUCUGGAUUCCAUACAAUUUGAAUAUUUCAAACGAUAUAAUAGAGUCCUGACUUAUUCCGAAGAAUUGCGUAUAGAAGAUUUAAUGAAACACAUGACAGGUAUAUUCCAUGUAACAAAAAUUGGAUCAGAACUAAUAGUUCUCAAGAUUAAACCCGAAGUGCGAUGCAUGUUGGGAAUAGAGAUGCAUAAUAAUCAAGAACCCAAGGAACGAUAUUCCCAUUUUUCUCACCUUCCUUUAUUAUAUGAACAAAAAAAAGAUUACCAAUAUUAUCAGAAAUCCCAUGAAA